UGUUUUGGUUUAACGCCAGAUAUAACAACUAAGCUAAAUAUGAAAGUUGUGCUCUUAUCGUGCGCGGUUAUUUUGGCUGCGAUCAACUUGGUUCAUGCAGAACCAGUUGGAAAAUGCCCAUCCACAAUGAACCCGGAAACAGUCGAUUUUCUCGUCGAUUCCAGUGACUGCACAGUUUUUUACAAAUGUGAUUGGGGAAACCCAGUAAAAUACGAUUGUCCCGAUGGAUUGCAUUUUAACAAAGAAUUGAACGUUUGCGAUUGGCCAGAUCAAGCUGGAUGUGAAGGAGGUAACAACGGAGGAGGCGGUGACAGUAGCGAAGUAGGUUCAAGCUCUAGUUCAAGCGAAGAAUCUGUAGAAAUUCCUGAACCAGAACCUGAACCAGAACCUGAACCAGAACCAGAACCAGAACCAGAACCGGAACCGGAACCGGAACCCGAACCUGAAGUUCCAAGCGAAGAAAGCAAGAGCUCCGAAAGCAAUUCCCAAGAAUUAUCUGAAGAACAACCAGCACCUGAACCAGAGCCAGAACCAGAACCCGAACCCGAACCUGAAGUGCCAAGCGAAGAAAGCAAAAGCUCUGAAAGCAUUUCCCAAGAAUCUGAAGAGAAACCAGAACCUGAACCAGAACCCGAACCUGAACCCGAACCCGAACCUGAAGUUCCAAGCGAAGAAAGCAAAAGCGAAGAAAGCAUUUCCCAAGAAUCUGAAGAGAAACCAGAACCUGAACCAGAACCUGAACCAGAACCCGAACCUGAAGUUCCAAGCGAAGAAAGCAAAAGCGAAGAAAGUGGAAGCUCUGGAAACUCCGAUGAAGCUAAACCAAAUAAAUCAAGUGAAGAAGAUUCCGGUUCUGAUGAAACUUUCCGUUUCUUACCAAAAUUCUUACAAUUCUAGUAACUUCUUAAAUACAAAUAUAUUGUCAAUAAUAAAACAAGUAAUGAGAAAAUCAAAAAUAAAGUCUAUUUGAUGCAUUAAA